AAACAAAAUAAUAAUGUUCUUCAUGUUUUUGAUUUAUAUUCUCUUUUAACUACAAGUUAUCAUCAUUUUGUAAAUCAAAGUUGUUUAUUGAGUUAAUCUUUGCAUUUAUUUUCAGAAAAAAGAAAAUACACACCAUGAGAAAAUGGUUGAACUAUCCCUUUACAUGUUUUACACAAAUGCUUGUUUAGUCAACUAUUGUCUUACAGUAAAGCGAUUAAGUGUUUUUCUUUUUAUUAUUCCAUUUAAUCAAAGUUGAUUGUUGAGUUAUAACUUCAUUGAGUUAUAUUUUGAAGUAUAAUUACUGAAGUAUUCGUGUUUAAUCAUAGAAAAAUGUUUCUUAGAUUUAAUUCAGUUAAAAUGAUUCUUGAGCAUUCAUUGAAUGACUUUUAGUCCAUUUAAACUGUGUCAAAGUACACUGUUGUCUCCAGAAACAGGUGCGAAAAUUGUUCUCCUUGACAAGAAGCAUUGUACAGUCUCAACAAUUUCUCUUUUCCCUUCUGUUUACCAGAGUCAAGGUCGUGACUAGUUUCUCUUCUCUUUAGAAAAUUAACACACGAACCUGGCUCAGUGAGUCUGAAUUUGAAUGAGGAACGAAAUACAAGUUUUUCGUCUCAUCUGAACUUCCUGCGGGAAGUUCAGCUUAACGGGAUUCUUUUUCUCAAGAGCUAAUGAGAAAAAGUCUCCUGUCUGGAGCUAAGGCAACAUCAGCCUUAAAUCCAACUUUGAACUUUUUUUCCUGAAAAGGGCCGGACUGCCGAGCUGAAGCUUGUCUCUUGACUAAACAGCAGAUUCUCUGCGAUGCUGUAAACAAAAACCCUGGGGAGUUUUGCUGACCACCCUCCUGACCUGCCUCUGUGACGGUGAAGCCAUCAACAGGUAGAGACAAGGAUUUUGUCAGCUAGAGAGUCCAGCUGAGUGGGAGACGGAAGCUGAUCUGGGGUUGUUCUGGUAAUCUUGAUAAGAUAAAAAGUUAAAACUAAGUAUUUACUAAUUCUCUUUUCCUCCUUUCUUAAUCUAAACCUUGCCAUAAGUUAAAAUGUCUGUAAACUAGUUUUUAUAACAUCAGAGACUGGUUUACUGUUUGUUCAAUCCUGAGUGUCACAGUUCAGUAGUUGUCUUGGACGCAAAACAAUUAAUGGAAUGUUUGACUCAGAAAGUUUGAUUGUUAAGCUUUAAUUGUAUAUAAUUAAGUUCAUUUGUCUGUAAAUAACUUUAUUUUAGAAAAUUGAACUGGACUUUUUCUCACUUCCAUUCUGAGAGGUAUUGUCUUUCAUAAAAUAACUCAUGUUUCCUCAGUAAUUGAGAAGAUGUGGAACCCUGGUGGACAAGGUUCUUACAGCAACAAGGAAGAAACCAUGUUGAUCGUUUGUGGACUAUUUUUACCAGAGGAAAAACAAUUCCAUAGGACUUUGAACAUCCAGAAAACUUUCUGGCAGGACAUUGAGAACAUCUGGAGUCCAGUCCUGCAGUCGUUAAAAGAGCUAUCUGCAGCAGAAAUACAAACAGGGAGUUGGAUUCCUGUGUGGACUUGAGUAAAUCCAGGCUGUCCGCCCCCUUUAUAAAGACCUGAGGGAACCCCCAUCAGAGGAUUAGAGAAACGCCAGCUGGAAAAGUCGCUCCUGGAUUUUACGAGCUGCAUGUAAUCGAGGUGAACUCUGGAUUUAUUGACAAACUUGGAAGAAGGAGAGAAUUCUUUUUUUUUUAUUUCACAAUCUCUUUAUUGAAUCCGUGCAAAGUGAACCAUAAAGUGCAAAAAUCGAGUUUCAAGAAAAAAAGCAGUUAGUGAUGUUGUCCAGCGUGCGGCGGCACAGCCUCCGCCUGCAGAUGGAGCUUCACCGGUGGAGCAUCUGCGAGCCGGGCAGCCACCUCCUGCCGGACGGCCUGUUGGCCCGGGUGCCCGCCUGCAUCGCCCGCUCCAAGUCGUGCACCAGCUCCGCUGGGGAGUCGGACGGCAGCCGCGGGAGCUGGUCGUCCUCGGACUCGGUCAUCUCCUCCGACUCGGCAGGUGGGGAACAGUCGGCGGAGCCCGGCAGCCCGUACAGGGUGGUGCUGCUGGGGGGCAGCGGGGUCGGAAAGACCGCGUUCGCGAGUAUCUUCGCCGGUGCGGCGGACAGCAUGGACAGCGAUGACUGCGAGCUGUGUGGAGAUGAAGUGUGUGAAAAGGAAAUCGAAGUGGAUGGAGAGACUGCGACUAUCAUCCUGCUUGACACGUGGGAUGCAGAGAUGGAGAACGACUGGGCCCUGGAGCGCUAUGUGCAGACGGGCGAUGCCUACUUGCUGUUGUACUCCAUAACUGACCGGGCGUCAUUCCUGCGAGCUUCGGAGCUCAGGAUCUCCCUGCGCCGCCUCCGCCCUGCCCGCCACACCCCGAUAAUCCUGGUGGGCAACAAGUGUGACCUGGUGCGGCGCAGAGAAGUGUCAACAAAUGAGGCGCGUGCAUGCGCCGCUGUGUUUGACUGCAAGUUCAUAGAGACCUCGACCGCCAUGCAGCACAACGUGUGGGAGGCCUUCUAUGGCAUCGUGCGACAGCUGCGCCUGCGCCGAGACUCCAAGGAGAACAACAAAUGUCGCAGGGAUGCACACUGCAGCACACGCCGCGAGAGCCUUCCCAUGAAGGCAAAACGGUUCCUCGACAAGAUGGUGGCAAAGAACAAUCCCAGCAUGGCGUUCUGGCUCAAAUCCAAGUCCUGCCACAACCUCUCCGUGCUGUGAACACACAGAUCCACGACCGUAUGUCUGAGCAGUUAAAGAAGUUAUUGCCUGCAGGUGAGAGAAUCUGUGGACCGAGGCGGUGGAAGCCAUGCUUCCUAAAAAGCUAUAAGUUGGGAAGGCUGGUCCUCGUGACGAUCACCAUCCAAUCGCCUUUCAGCUCCUGGUGUUUUGACAGAAGUUUGCAGCUUGCAGUCUAAUAUAGGCUGAGUGGACUGCAGUCGUGUUGGACAUGCUUGAACAGAAAUCUUUCCUAGAGCCUCUGAUGGAAAAGAAAUAAAGGAAGUGAUUUUAUUUAAUUUUUUGUUUCUGUUUUUCUAUCCGUGUUAUUCUGUAUUUUUGCCAAAUUUGUCAACUUCCAUCCUGAAGUGCUAAUAUCCUUCUAAGUAUUUUUAUUAUUUAAGGCAAUUUGACUUGUGUGACAUAUGAUUUUAGGAGUUGUAAAUAAAAAAGCAGAUUUAUUACAGCACUGAUUCACUAGUUUCAGCUCUGCUCUGUGAAAUAAAGUGACACUUUGGUUGGGAGAAAGAAA